CGCGGAGUCCCGGCCCACGCCGCUUCCGUCCCGCAGCCCUUCUUCACCAGAACCCGGGGUUGUGCUCGGCCUGGGCCACCGCUCACCCUGCACCCGAGGACGAAACCGGGGAAAGCAUGCCCGGCCGGGGAGUCCCUACUCUCUCCGAACCCUGGAGUUGGAGGGGCCGUCGUGACCCAUCCACCGAGGGUACCCGGCGGGCUUUCAGGGCUUGCCGAGCCCGAAUUGGAGGGUCAAGUCGUGACAGAACCCGCGUCCCCUUGGACACAGAGGGCCCAGGUUCUAUUUCCAAGGGGACCCCAUCCUAAAAGGGCCAACCGUAGUAAUGAAAACUGCACUUCCCAAGCUCUGGCCCCGUUCCAGUCAGUGCUCAAAACCCUUUGCAAAUAUCCCGGUUAGUCCUCUCAAAAGCCUGUGUGUACGAAUAUCAUCAUCUCUACUUUUUGAACGAGGAAUCGAUGCCCUGAGAGUUUAAGUAACUUGCUUAGGAAUUACCAGGGGGCUUAGAAGCAAGGACGGUUUGAUUUACUUCAGCUCUUUUGCCAAUGAGGAGCCCUGAAAACAUCACUUCCAGUGUCUGGCCAGAGGUACAGGGAGAGACAGAUUUGACCUUUCAGGCACAAGAAAGAGCAAGACUUGCCCCAGACAAUGGCGACCACACCUGGUCUCCAGCCUCCACCACCCCUGGAGCAAGACGAGAUCCUGAUCGUGAAGGUGGAGGAGGAUUUCUGCUGGGAAGAGGAGCCUUCCCUGGAGACAGAAGACCCUAGCCCUGAGACCUUCCGCCAGCUCUUCAGGCUCUUUUGUUACCAGGAGGUGGCCGGACCACGGGAGGCCCUGAGCCGCCUUUGGGAGCUCUGCUGCCGCUGGCUGCGGCCUGAAUUGCGCACCAAAGAGCAGAUCCUGGAGCUGCUGGUGCUGGAGCAGUUCCUGAUGGUGCUGCCUGGGGAGAUCCAGGCCCGGGUGCGGGAGCAGCAGCCGGAGAGUGGUGAGGAGGCCGUGGUCCUCGUGGAAGGGCUGCAGCGGGAGCCCAGGAAGCAGAGGCAGCGGGGCCUGGAAGUGCUCCCUGAUGAUGUACUGCCCCACGGGACAGGAGAACAGUGCUUGAAACACCAAGUGGAGGCUAAGCCAGAGGAGCUGUCUCUGGAGGAAGGAUCUGGAUGCUCCAGCCAGCAGCCCCCAACCCAACUGAGCCACACACCAAAGAGGAGCCCCCAGCUCUGGCCAAAGAGGGGCCCGGUGGCCUCCCAGCAUCAGGAGACGGCACCGGCCACAUCCUUCGUUUCAUCCUGGUCCCAGCAGGUGCCGGUGACCUUGGAGGACGUGGCGGCAUACCUGUCCCAGGAGGAGUGGGAGUGCCUGGACCCGGCUCAGCGGGGCUGCGUCUGGGAUGUGCUGCCCGACAGCGGGGGGCUUGGGCUGCAACUUGAGGAUGGAGAGGGCGCCAGGCAGGACGUCCUGACGAGAAGGGAGCAGGACCGAGAGCUGGUUGGGGGCAUGACCAGGCCUGAGCAGUCUCUGGAAAGAGGAGGACCCCGGCGGAAUGAGAAGCCAUACGCAUGCCCUGAGUGCGGCAAAGGCUUCAGUAAGACGUCCCACUUGACCAAGCACCAGCGCACACACACCGGGGAGCGGCCCUACAAGUGUCAGGUGUGCGGGAAGGGCUUCAGUGACCGCUCCAACUUCAGCACGCACCAGCGGGUGCACACGGGCGAGAAGCCCUAUGCGUGUGCGGAGUGCGGGAAGCGCUUCAGCCAGAGCUCCAGCCUGGUCAUCCACCGCAGGACACACACUGGCGAGCGGCCCUACGCCUGUGCCGAGUGUGGGAAGCGCUUCAGCAACAGCUCGCACUUCAGUGCACACCGGAGAACGCACGCAGCUGAGAAGCCCUUCGUGUGCCCGGCCUGUGGCAGGGGCUUCCGCCGGGGCACCGACCUCCACAAACACCAGCGGACCCACAGCAGAGAGCAGUGCCCCCCAGGCCAGCGGAGCCCCACAGCACGGCUCCGGGAGGCCCCUGGGCCAAACCCUGGCCGCCACUCAUUGAACUGUCCAUUUCCGGGAUCCGUUUCAGAAUUUCGAGGUCACAGUUCAUGAAGCUGCUGGAGCUGUUUCUGUUUUGGAACCAAAAUCCUAACCUUAAGGCAUUUCACACUGAUCCCAUUUGCCCCUGGUGUGGGCCCAGCUUGUGGCAGUGGGACAUUGCAGGUGCUCAGGCCCAGGGAGGAAUCUGGACACGGAGUUCGGCAGUGGCGGCUAGACACCAAGCCGGGUGUACGUGGGUCCUGGGGCUGCUGUACAAAUGGCCACGACCCGGGUUGCUCAGCACCACAGGGACAGACUGUCACAGUUCAGGAGGCCAGAAGUCCAAAACCAAGAUGUAGGCAAGGCUGCCUCCUUCUGGAGGCCCGGACGGAGAGACCAUCCCAGGCCUCUCUCCUGGCUUCUGCUGUUGCCAGUGUUCCUGGUGUCCUUGGCUUGUGGCCACAACACUCCCAUCUCUGCCUCUCCCGUGUCUCUGGUGUCCUCUUGUAAGGGCACAGUCAUUCCAUUUAGGGCCCCUAAUCCUGAAUGACAGCAUCUUAACUAAUUACAUCUGCAAAGACCCUGUUUCCAAAUCAGGGCACAUUCUGAGGUUCUGGAUGGACAUGAAGUUGGGGGACACUCAUCAGUCCACUUCAGGGAAACCUCAGUGGCUCCCAUUCCUUACUGCAUUAACAUACCCCAGCCUUCCCUGGUCUCCCCCCUUUCCCUUCCAGCCUUGCCACAUUUUCAAAACAUAGCCUGUGGGGACUUGUUCCGUAUCCCAGUGGUGUCAGCGGGCAGUGGGAUGAGUUGGGGGUCACCUGCCUAGAGCCACAGCUGUUCUAAAGGACAGAUGACUCAUGUGAGUAUGCUUCCCUGAUAGCCCAUCUUCCAACCUCCGCAGGUGUGUGAGGAAGCCUGUGGAGGUGACUGACCAUCUGUCCCCACAGCAGGAGCCAGGGCCGCCUUUGCUCCAUCCCCAAGUGGCCAGGACAGAGGCAGCGUUGGUUGCCCCACUUUGUCCCUCUGCGGUGGACAUGCUUCUGAUCUGUGCACAUCCACUAUCUCCUGGGUGGCUGAGGGGAACAGUAUAGAGUACUUGUUCCAUUUAGUCAUCACUGAAGUCUUGGGGGCAGCUGCUGAAACCACUGGGUUCCGGAACAUUCCACGCAGGGAGUAUGGCAGUUUCCCAUGGCUGGGUGGCCUUGGACCUCAGGCUGUGCUCCAUUCUAUUUGUCACCCAAUCACUGUAUAUAUUUUCACCUUUCAGCAUAACCCAGGUUCCAGGGUGCAUGACCUACUCUCUGUUUCCCUAAUAAACAAAGCGGGUCCUUCUGGCCUCGUGUGCUCUGCCCUAUGUGUUCUUUAGAGAAGGGGGCCACUCAGUUUAAGCAUGGUGUUUACCUUCUAGGCCAGCUUCCAGAGCUCCAGCACUGCCGGUAACCCAGCUUCCCUAAGUAGCUGCGAGUCUGCAGGCUCACUACUGUUGUGUCCAGGCUGGUGCCAGAGGUGGCCGCCUGCUUCCUGGCCUGGGACCUGGGCCUGUUGGUGCCUCUUCCAGAACAUUCUCUCAAGCAACCCUGAGACAUACGGCUUUUGUGCCUCUCCUUUUACAGAUGGGAAACUGAGGUCCUGAAUGCUUUUAGCACCCUGUUCAGGUGGCAGAACUCGUUUUGAGCUCGGGUCUACCACGUCAUCUUCUUGACUUGCCUUACUGGUGGUUCACUGAGUUGAACUUGGAACAAAGAAGUUAUUUUCUGUCACUGCGAAGCAUCCCAAAUUUCUGGCAUUUGAAAGGGAUAGAGAUGGGGGGGAAAGCUGGCCAUUGCACUUGACAGGCCGCAUGGGUGGAGGUGUGUCACAUUUGGGCUUCUGUGGCAGAGCCCCGACCACACUGCAUGUGUCCUGGAGCAGAGGGUGAGGGGUCUCCGUGGAUGUGCGAAGAGCCAGGAGCGCAGGUGACGCAGCCUGGCCACCUUCCCUGCAGGUAGGCCCACCCGGGGCCUCCUGUGGCCUUGGUGGAACCUGUCUUGCACCUGGCCCCUUGUCAUUGGGCCACAUCAAGUGGGGUCUGUGGCCCCGAUCUUGGCUAUCUGUGGCUGAGGCCAGGCAGAGCCUGCCUUGCCUAGGGCAGGGCUUGAUGACAAGAGACCCUUGGCCAGCCUCAACACCUGCAGCAAGUGAUGACCCCAGCUGAAUGCUGGAAUACAUUCUUAAAUGCUAAGGACUCUGCCAAGCUGCUGAGCCUGUGAUGUGGAGAGACUCGAGGUGACUGCUCUUACCAGGGAGCAGGGGCAGAGACAGAAUCCUGGAAGCAAGUUGGUGAGAGAAGAGAGGUGCCACAGAUCAGGGCUGCAGCCUAUUGGGGGCUGCAGGGCUGAGAACCAGAAGAAAUGACUGAACAUGGAGGACAGUGGAGGAUAAUGUUCGCAAAGUAACAGGGAAGGACGUCGCCCACGAGGUGGGGCCCCGCUCUGUUCCAUGGGGACAGUUUGGGUGUUAGGACACUCAGUACUCUAUCUCCACAUAAAGGUCAGCCCCACCUGAAGUCAGGAAGGACCCUAGAAUAGAUGUGUGCCUUUGUAUCUUGGUUAAAGAAAAAAACAGUCCAGUCUUCACCCCUUUAUCAAAAAGUCCAUUUGGUGUGUGUGUGUGUGUGUGUGUGUGUGUGUGUGAGGAGGGGUGUGGUAUGUUAAUGCAAGCACAUAAACAGGGACUCAAGAUCAGGCUAAAUUCUCUUCAAAGACCCUUUCAA